GUCAUGUCUCACGUUAGCAUCAAGUAACCAUGGCGAAGCUUUAUGCCAUCUCCGAUUUGCAUCUUUCGUAUCCCCUAAAUGCCUCAACAUGGAAUCUUCUGCAGCCAAAACCACCUGGUAGUGGUCUCAUUCUUGCAGGUGACAUUGGCGAAUCAGCUACGCACUUAACGGCUGCCUUUGAGCGCGCCAAAGCCUGCUUCACGCACGUAUUCUGGGUCCCAGGAAACCAUGAGCUCUACAGCAUCUCGUCUCACAUGGCCAAGCACCCUGCCGAUCAACUUAAAGGUGAAGCGAAAUACAAUGCCUUGGUGGAACUGGCACGGGAGCACGGUGUCCUCACACCAGAGGAUGAUUGGAUGCUAUGGCCGGGGCCAGAUGGCGUUGAUGUGGUGAUCGCGCUAGUAUUCACGUUAUACGACUAUUCGUUUCGCCCGGCAGAGGUUUCCCGAGAGAAAGCGUUGGAAUGGGCGAUGGAAGAGAACAUUUAUGCAACGGACGAGGCCGUGCUGCAUCCAGACCCAUAUGGCUCGCGGGACGAAUGGUGUACGAAACUAUGCGAAAGAUGGGAGCUUAAAUUCUCCGACUACGCCUCGAGAUAUCCGAAUUCGAAAUUUGUGAUUGUCAACCACUGGCCUCUACGAGAAGAUUUAGUCUUCAUUCCCAAAGUCCCUCGGUUUUCUCUGUGGUGUGGAACGAAAAGAACCCAAGAUUGGACAGAGGUCGGGCGUUUUGGUGCAGACUAUGGAGGGGCACUGGUGGUGGUCUCAGGACAUCUGCAUGUUCGACGGACAGAUGUCAAAGAAGGGGUGAGAUAUGAAGAGGUCAGCUUGGGAUAUCCCCGGCAUUGGGAAAAGGCACGGGAUGCAAGUAAAGGCGCCAACGAAAUGUUGAGAGAAAUUCUUCCAGGGGCAGGAAUAGUCGUGGAAGAAGGUCAGCGGAUAUGGAGGCCACAAGGGUAGCAAGCAAGACCAAUAUGAGACGAGAGGAAUGAACCGAUACGAUGUAUACCUCCGUACCUACAUUACAAAUGAUGUUGCCCUUUCCAUGCAUUCUUUGGGUGUGGAGGCGACGGGAUACACGGUGUGCAGCGUCACAUGGAAUGAGACAUUCCUGCUUCUUGAGCUACGAAAGCUGUUACGCCAAAAGAUUUGUUGUAUUAACAAGAUGUCCGUGCAUCAUUAGAUCUUCAACUGGCUUUACGAUUAAUUUUGCGCAACGGACAUAGAUACCAGCUGUGGUUCCAGACGCGGCAAUGUAGUUGGCUGAUUACCAAUAGACCUAUGUCGACGAGCAGGCAGUGAAUCUAUAUCCAGGUAGCAGUCAGAAUCUUAUCGCUCUAUCGAAAAAACAAUAGCUUCUAGUGGAAUAAUUUUAACCUUAACGGUAAAAACUGGAUUGCC